AUGGCAGCGAUGGACGGCGAUUCGAAACCCACCACCAAGCGGAUAUCUUAUGUUUUGCCACCAUGUCGCUCACCACCAAAGACCUUCGGCCUGCCUCCAUUAGGUGCUGACCGCUGCUACAACACUGGUCCAUUGCUCAUACCCCGUUCGCGCAGCACCCAUCCCUCUGCUCACGCGACCACCAUCAACAAUGCUGCACCUUCCACAUCGUCUCUCGCCUCCUCGUCAGCUGCUUCUACUUCGAAUCAGUCCACUCGAUCCGGUGCAUCGCUCUCAUCGCACCCGCAGCAUUCGCUUGCCGUCUCUUCCCUUGCUAUAGACACCACCACUUGCAUCGCUAGUUCCGCCGACGGCAGCGACUCUGACGACGACCAAGAUGAUGAUUACGUUCCAGAGAGUCACACGACCCACGAUCGACAUUCUGUCCCUCCAGGUAUUCUCUACACUGGUGGUCGAGAUGGUCUUGUUGGUGCUUGGCAGCUCCGUCUUCCCAUGCGCAACAGAAAGGCGCAGCGCAUCUACCGUCCCAACGGCACAGGAUCCAUGUCAGAUCUACAAUACGAUGACGACAUCGGUCUGCUCGCCGACACCUCCGCUCUGCCCGGCGGUGGAGGAGCUUCCGACAUUGACAUCCUCGCAUCCUGGCAAGCUGAUCCACUCCGUGCGCACCGUGCAAAAAGCACACGCUUUCGGCAAUGUGUCCAGUCACAUACAGACUGGAUCAACGAUAUCAUCCUCUGCAAUCAGAACCAGACCCUCAUCUCAGCAUCGUCAGAUCGUACCGUCAAGGUCUGGAACCCUCACGAUCCACGGCACAGCCUCAGCCCACACGUCCUCGGCACCCACAAGGACUAUGUCAAGGCACUUGCACAUGCUUCUGAUGCCGGCUAUGUGGCUUCUGGCGGCUUCGACAAGCGCAUCAAGCUCUGGGACAUUCGCGAGGCCAGGUCCGCACCUAUGCUCGAGCUCGACGACAAGGCGGUCAAGACCUCGGUCUAUGCAUUGAGUGUCAACCCGGGUGGUGCUGUUAUUGCCGCUGGCUCGCCUGAACAGCAUGUCAAGGUCUGGGAUCCACGAAGCGGCCGUAAAUGCGCAGAGCUCGUGGGUCACACUGACAAUGUGAGGACAGUGCUGGUCAGCGAAGAUGCUCGGUACUUGCUUUCUGGUUCUGCCGACUCGACAGUACGUCUUUGGUCCUUGGGUGAACAGCGAUGUUUGCAUACGUUCACGCAUCAUGCCGAUUCGGUAUGGUCCUUGUUCUCGGAUCAUCCAACGCUCGAUGUCUUCUACUCAGGAGACCGACAGGGUUACGUGUGCAAGGUGGACUGGGAGCGAUGCGCCGAAGUGUCCGAAGGAGAGUGUGUUGUCUUGUGCCAAGAACGCGAUGCAGCCACCGAAGAGGAAAGCAAGGACGACGAUCACAAUCAGCUGCCGCACCACCAUCCCGAUCUGCACAGAUGCGAUGCCAAGUCGGGUAUCCAGAAGAUCAUUGCGCUCGACGAUACCUACUUUUGGACAGCUACGGGUCAGACUAGCGUCAAUAGGUGGAGGGAUGUCCCACGUCGGUCCGAACGCGAAGCUAUCUAUCCCAUCGGAGGGUUACACAAUCCAUCUCGAGACUUACUGCACCGAACCUCGUUUGGCAGUCACACUUUGAAUCGACAGAGCAUGGAGACGAGUCGAUCGCCUGAAUCUGCAUCGCAGCUCUCACACCAGCCUUCAGUCACUUUUGCCGAGCCUACCAUCGCUUCCACUCAUCUAGGUUCCUCCUCUGGGUAUGCUGCCACUGACAAUGCCGCAACAGCAUCCGCGACGCUAUCUGCACUUCAGACUGGUAUGGGCUUGCCACCAGCAGGAAUCUCGCUAGCAGCUACCAUGCACGGCAUUCCCUUCGACAGCCUCGUCAACCUUGCUCCUAUCAGCGAUCCCUACGGCGACAAGAUCGGCUUGGGGAGUGUCAGUAUGCGCGAUCCACGAAGUCACCCGGAAGACUUGAUCAUCGGUACCACCGCACCCUUGAGUUCCAUCGCCAGUCGAAUCUCGAUGGAUCAAUCCAGCAUCGUGAUGCCAUCCACUGCAACGCGGUCUCCUGCUAUGUCGCCUGUCAACCCUCAUCUUGCUCAUGUUCAGGCUAUGGACAUGCCCAACCGCCCUGCCAGCACACGCUCAGCUAGCCUUCGCUUUGCACCCACCGAUCAGAUGUACGAGCCUGAAGGUUUGGGCAAAUCGUGGGAGAGUGGGUCUGACACUGAUGCUUCCACUCCAGCCAGGCAGAUGGACAAGUUUCGAAUUGGCCAGCAGUCGGGCGCGGACAGUGAUGCAAUCGAAGAAGAUGCAGAUGACGAGGAUGAUAUUGCCUACCAAGCCCGUAUGGCGUUCGAAGAUCGCGAGCUGGCCGAAGAAGCUCGACCUCUACGCCAGAAACCCGAUGUGGUCAUCCGCGGCUCGCACGGCUUGAUCCGUUCAUCGAUGCUCAACGACCGACGUCACGUCAUCACCAUCGACAGCACUGGCGCCGUUAUGCUUUGGGACAUCAUCAAAGGUGUCUGCAUCGGCGACUUUGACCGGGCGGAAGUCGACAAAGCCGCCCUUGAGUCAAACCUGAUCCCUUACACCUACAUGCGCAAGUGGAGACCGGAACAGACUCCGGGUGACACGCUCGAAGUGGUCAAAGAGCGCAUCGAAGGUCAAGGUGUUACUCCGCUCUGGUGUUUUGCUGAGACUCGAAGUGGUGCUUUGACUGUUCACAUUGAGGAGCCGCGAUGUUUCGAAGCAGAGUUCUACAUUGAUGAGUUUGCGGAUUGUGUCGAUAUGGCUACCUUCAAAGAGGAUCAGAGAGGGCAGGUGGCCAGAUGGCUGCUAAGAAACCUUUUCAAUGGGUUUGUGCAAGCGGAGAGCCAGAUGCGGGGUGGUGCUGCUACUGCUGCUGACGGAGAAGGGCGAUUGCCGCCAGAAACGCCUGCUUGGGAUAGGAUUGUCAGAGCGCCAAGAAACGGUCCUUUCACACCGGGCAUGACAAUGGGUCUAGCAACUUCGGCAAAGACUCCUGCUCUCACUCCAGGUCCUUCGAAUCCGCUUGUGCUCGGUUGGGCUCAGCAGAGGGAGAAUGGAGGAGCGAGUGGGGAGCGUACUUCGUUGCCGACAAGCUCGACCCUGAUGGGCGGACCUGGACAGGCCGGCCCUGGAGACCACUUCUCUUCGAAAGGCUCGACUCCAUCGUCUGGCGGCAAGAUCCCGCAAACACCAGGUGCGAAAGCAAAAGACGGCUCUUCGACAACAACCGACGAGAUCAAUGGCAACAACAACACCGCCGUCACUCCUGGCGUCGGCAACGGUAUUGGCGGCAGUGGGUUCAUGAACAAGUUCCGUUUCGGCAAAAACAAAGACAAAUAUGAAGCCAAUGCAGACUCGCCCGACGACGCAGCCAAGAAAGCUAAAGAUGCAGCUUCCGCUCUGGCCACAGACGAUGCCAACGAUGGCAACAAGACCCUAACCCGUGCCCAAAAGCUUACAGAGCUGUUCAACAAGCCUCUCCAACCAGCAUCGCUCUCCGAAAUGCCUCGACUCCCCUUACCACCCGAUACAGCAGUCAUCAUCUCUCAGUCCUCUGCCGAUGCUGGAUCUUGGGAGGCAGUCUAUCGCGGUCUAGUCAGCUGUACAGCCGAAGAUACCGAAAUCCUCGAACAAACCGCACCACUCUGGCUCCUCGAUUGCCUCCUCCACAACCACGUCAACUCCCGCGAGCCGGUUAAGCUGAGCUUCACACUAACACCCUACAAACCAGCCGAUAGCAAAUCGGACGGGUUUGGAGGAUACGAUCUCAACACAGCCCACCCUAUGCCUGAAAUGCCAAUCGGCAAUGCUAGGUUGACAGCAACAAGAUGUUUAAGGAUCAAGAAGGCGUGUAGUUAUGUAGCGGAGAAGUUGGAGCUGAGCGCGCCGAGGUCUAGGACCGCCAGUAUAAAUGCUAGUAGAAGGUCGAGUGUUGAGAAGAAGAUUGCUACUCCGGCAGCAGUGGGAAGUGGUGCAGGUCUGAACAUGACUCCUGCUGCUCCGCAAGAGAAGUGGAGUCAAGCGGAAGGACAAGAGGGAGGGGAGGCGAUGGCGCCGCACGAUAUGAUCGAGAUUUUGUGCAACGAUACCUUGCUACCCGUAGAUGUGACGCUUGCGCAGGUUCAAAGGUUCUAUUGGAGAAGUGGUGGGGAUGUCAAACUCGAGUAUCGUAUGAAACCGAUCGGAGGAGGAAGGAAUGGAGGGUGA